AAGGUCAUGCGCAGAACGGUAUACGCAAGGAUCGCCCCUCAGCGAAGGAAAGGAAAAGAGGAAAUUGUAUGUAAUUUUUGCUUGCGGAACCUGCAGCAAAGCUAGCCAUUUAAGCCUUCAUUAUAUUUACAGCUUAUGCACUAUAAAGUAUUUGGCAAUUUCACCAGAAUCGAGGACUUCAGAUGCAUCCCAGAUUAACCAGGCAGGAACAGGCCAGAGUGGAAAGCUAAGGAGCUGUCAAUCAGGUUGUAGGCCCAAAUCUGAGCCAAUCAAGAAACUGGACAUUGCCAGAAUUGAGUAGACGUUCUCCGUAAGAACUCUGGAUCUUUUAAAUCAGUUGAAAGAGAGAAGGAAAUGGGAGACUCCAUGAACUCAUAUAGUUGGUACCAUGGGAAGGUUUCCAGAAACGAGUGUGAACAACUUUUGAAUCAGAGGGAUCGCCCAGGCCUGUUCCUUGUCAGGGAUAGCAACACAAUUCAAGGAGACUAUGUCUUGUCUGUCAGGGAAGUGGGCAAAGUGAGUCAUUAUAUUAUCAAUUUUAACCGAGCAAGCAGAGUUUACAAGAUUGGCGAACAAACAUUCGAUGACCUUCCAUCUAUUGUUGAGUUUUAUAAAAAACAUUUUCUGGACUCUACAACUUUGGUUGAGCCUGCAACUAGACCUGGAUUUCAGCCCCCAGGUGGGGGUGGUGGCCAACCCCCAAGACAAGCACCAGUCAAUUCACUCAAAGUUAAAGCAAAAUACAACUUUGUUGGCAGUGAUCUGGAAGACCUUUCAUUUAAAAAGGGUGAUAUAUUAACUAUUUUGAAAAAAGAAGAGGAUGACUGGUGGUUAGCUCGGCAUAGCAAUGGUCAAGAGGGGCUUAUACCUAGACCCUAUGUAGAAGAGAUGCCAGCAGUGGCUAUUGGGCCAAGGAUAACGUCCUAUCCACCUGUACAAGACCGUGCAAUGCCAGAUCGAUAUUCAUCUGGACCUGAUUACAGUCAGCCAAUGGGUACACCCAAUACACGACAACCCCAAGAGCCUUCGAUCCCAGCUCUUCCACCUGGUCCAGUAAUGGCAAGAGCAAUUCAAUCCAGGGACCCAAGCUUCUAUGAUCCCACCGAAUUAAAGUUCCAGAAAGACGAUCGAAUCAGAGUGCUUAGACGCAAUGAAAACGGAAUAUGGGAAGGCGAAAACCUGGAGAAUGGCAACAAAGGACACUUUCCGUUUACGUUUGUGGAAAUACUGAAGGACCAGUCGUGACCAAGAUCGUGGUAAUAAUUCGUUCGUGAGAAAGUUUUGCUUGGCUCUCUGUAGUGCAACGCGUCAAGCAAUAUACCGCCCCUAGCUGAUGAUUACAUUUAAUUUUUUGAUACAGUCAAAACGUAUUUAGAUUACUUCUGUUCCUUCCCGUUUUGAGACUACGUGUUGCAAUCGUAUCAAUUGAAAAGUAAGCUUCAUGCUCCCCCUGUAACCCAUGCUUGGCAUUUAUGGUACCUCCUCUCGUAAAUCCUUGACAGCUUGCCCCUCUCUCCCUACACCCUUGUCCUAACUUAGUUACGAAAAACGUUUUGAGAAAAUCAUUGGACGUUUGUGUUAAAGAUGUUUUUACAGCAGUUUAGUUGUUUACAAGCUGGAGGGUUUUUUAAUGAAGUUCAGAAAAGGCUUUUAUGUGGGUUAUUACGAAAUUAGGGAUCUUCUGAGGGCGUACCAAAGGAUUUACGAUAAUCGAAUGGGGAAUUCUCCAUGCCAGGGGCUAUCUUAACGAAAAAUCUUUUACACAAAAUGCUUCAUCAACUGACUUUUAGUAUGUAUCUACAUGUUAUAUGUUACGUAACGAUGUUCAGUAGUUUUAAAAUUCGAUCUAGGAACAGGACUCGUGAUCCCUAAUAAAAUUUAGCUAAGACUUGCUUAUGAAAGGAAUUUAGCUAUUCCACUAGUGAAGUGGCAAAACUUCUUUGUGACGGUAUAUUUCUAGAAAUAGUUCUUCUCCACACGCCAUCUUUUGAAGGUAACAAUUUUUGUAUCUUUCUUUUAUCUAUAAUUCCUAUGAUAAAGUUAUUUUGUUGCUAUUUGCAAAAUAAAAUCACAUAAUAUCAGCAGUUUUUGAUUCAUGGCUAAGGCUUGUAUCAGGAGUAAUCUUCGAAUAAAGAUUUAUUUUUUAGAUCUUGCCAUUAUGUCCGCACCAUUUAUCUGUGGUGCUUAGAAUCUAUCGGAUAAGAAUAUCAUGGUAUAUCUCUUGGACAAUCUUCACUUUGUUGGGAUUUUAAGAAACAUUUUCCACAAUAAAUAACAGCUUCACCCCCAAAUUAGUCCUAAACUGUCACUUCACUGCCGUAUAUAAAUCGAUUUAAUGUCUUUAUAGAUGCAUCUAUAGUAAAGCUUUUAAACCAUUUGACACAAUUUCCCUUGAUAAAUUAUACCACUGUAGAUUUCGAAGAAAUUUCUAGCCCAGCCAGUUGGAAGUGUGCUAAAAUGAGCUUCCUAUAAUCAAAUGCUGAAAUCAUAUCUCAAAAUAGCUGAGAUGGCAAUGUUUUGAUUUUUGUUCAAAAAAACCUCGCAUCUUUCAAGCUGUGCCUAACAUGACAUGUGUAUCAUAAGAUAAAAGAAAUAGCUAUUCAUCUGAAAACUCGUACACGUGUGAUUUGCAUUUUAUUACAACAUUAGGUGGGAAGCUGGCAGCUGGACAAACAUCUGAUAUUCUCGAUCAUUUUUUUAACAUUGGUGAAUAUUGCAUGAAGUUUUAUUCCUUUGUAAAUCUAAAGACUGUUGAUUGAGCAUUGAACUUUCGAAAGGGAGUUUCAGAAACUGACCAACCCAUUGUUCAAUGAUAAAAUUCAAGGCAAACUUAGUCCAACUCUAGUAAAUCUCAAAGUUCUUGUGACGUCAUGAACAGUUUUUAAUGCAGUUCAAUUUUCUUUAUAAGACACCUUCAAGGAUAUUUUAAAAAGCUGUUAGAGGAGCUCUUGCGCAACAGAGCAUGUGUACUGUAAAUCACAUCUUUAAACCUUUCCCAGAUAUUGAUGUGCAAAAAAAUGAAAGUUCUUGAACUAUUAAUUGAACAAGCUGUAUUGAUGAUUAAUGAAAUGAUAGGUUACAAAUCAACGACGAAAAUUAUUCUUAUAUAAAUUAUUCGUGCAGAUAUUUUGUGAUUUGACAACAAAUAGUUUGAUUGUUACUAUACCAGAGACAAUAUGAAGCAGUGCGUGAAAA